AGUUCACAACCCAGCUGUACUAAUCAACCAUCACUGACAUUGCAACUCCAAACCCAUAACAACUCAACAACAUUCUUCUUCUUCUUCUUCUUCUUCUUCUAAACGACACCGUUUCGCUUCACAACGCAUGCUAUUGCUCCUCGCACCUCCUUUUCCUUCUUCUUCUUCUUCGUUCUCUUCCUCUCUUCUUCUUCUUCUUCUUCUUCACUGCUCUUCCAAAACCCUAACCCUCAAACCCUCCUCCUCCUCAGCUACCCCAUUCGGCCGAAUGAAGGACCGUCCUCCCUCCUCAUACGGCGCCGUUUACGUUCCUCCACACCACCGCCUUCGCUCCGUCAUUACCUGCCAAAAUUAUACCUCCUCUGCUUCAUUUGGCUCCAACUUCAAGGACGAUCAGACCACCACCACAGCUGACACCUACUUUCAGCCGCAGCAGGAACAGUUCCACAAGCCCAAUUCGCCCUACAUUUCUUCGUAUGACGAUGCCGUUUCCGAAGAAGGUUCCGAUCGUGAAUUCGAUUCUUAUUCCCAACCGGAAAAAAACUAUGCUUUGCAGAGUGCUGUUCCUUUUGAUAGCAUUGAACAGUGGAAAAGGAACUUACAUAUUCUUUUAAGAGACAAGGAUAAGCAAGAGUUGAUUUCCAGGGAGAAAAAGGAUAGACGUAACUUUGAGGAAAUAGCUGUUUUGGCGAGCAAAGUGGGACUCUAUAGCCAUCUAUAUGCAAGAGUUGUUGUUGUUAGUAAGGUUCCUCUACCAAACUAUAGAUUUGAUCUGGAUGAUAGGCGUCCACAGAGGGAGGUAACCGUACCUCUUAGCCUGCUCAGGAGGGUUGAGUCAUAUGUUACUGAGUUCUUAUCUCAAAAAUCUUGGAGUAGGGAUAAUUUUUCAGAUGUUUCCUUUUCAAGAUCAAGCAGUAGCUGUAGUAUUGCCACCGAGGAAGGACUUUUUGAGGCACCUGAACCACUGGCAUCUAGUAAGAUUGUGAUGGAGAAAGUUCUUUGGCAAAGAAGCUUGCAGUUGAGGGAUCAGCAACAAACUUGGCAGCAAUCUUAUGAAGGCAGAGAAAUGCUGGAGUUUCGUAAAAGUCUUCCUGCUUGUAAGGAGAGGGAUGCAGUGUUAUCAUCUAUUUCACAGAAUCAGGUGGUUAUAAUUUCCGGUGAAACUGGUUGUGGCAAGACCACCCAGAUUCCACAAUUCGUUUUGGAAUCUGAGAUAGACUCCGGUCAUGGGGCUUCUUGUAAUAUUAUAUGUACACAGCCUAGGCGAAUAUCUGCUAUGUCUGUGUCUGAAAGAGUUGCUUCAGAGAGAGGGGAGGAGUUGGGUGAAUCUGUUGGAUAUAAGGUUCGGCUAGAGGGUGUGAAAGGGAGGGAUACCCGCCUUCUAUUUUGCACCACUGGCAUCUUGUUGAGAAGAUUGCUUGUUGAUAGAAGUUUGAAAGGUGUAAGUCAUGUUAUUGUGGAUGAGAUCCAUGAGCGUGGAAUGAAUGAAGAUUUUCUGCUUAUUGUUCUUAAGGAUCUUCUGCCUCGUCGACCUGAACUGCGCCUGAUUCUGAUGAGUGCAACCCUAGAUGCAGAGCUUUUUGCAUCAUACUUUGGUACUGCCCAGAUUAUUCACAUUCCGGGUUUUACAUACCCAGUUAGAACUCAUUUUCUGGAGGACAUUCUUGAAGGCACGGGUUACAAAUUAACCCCUUACAAUCAAAUUGAUGAUUAUGGUCAAGAAAAGAUGUGGAAGAUGAGCAAACAAGCACCAAGAAAAAGGAAAAGUCAAAUUGCCUCUCUUGUUGAGGAUGCACUCAAAGCUGCUGACUUGGAAGGCUACAGUACACAGACUCGAGAAUCUUUAUCAUGUUGGAAUCCUGAUUGUAUUGGUUUCAAUUUUAUUGAGUAUCUUUUAUGCUAUAUCUGUGAGAACGAAAGGCCUGGGGCUGUUCUAGUUUUUAUGACUGGGUGGGAUGACAUUAAUUCUUUGAAGGAUAAGCUCCAGGCGCAUCCUCUGUUAGGUGAUCAAACUCGAGUUUUGUUGCUAGCAUGCCAUGGCUCUAUGGCCAGUUCUGAGCAGAGGUUAAUAUUUGAUGAGCCUGAAGAUGGGGUGAGGAAAAUAGUACUAGCAACAAAUAUUGCAGAGACAAGUAUCACAAUUAAUGAUGUUGUUUUUGUACUUGAUUGCGGAAAGGCAAAAGAGACAUCAUAUGAUGCACUGAAUAACACUCCUUGUUUGCUUCCAUCCUGGAUAUCCCAGGUUUCUGCUCAACAAAGAAGAGGCAGAGCUGGUCGUGUUCAACCUGGAGAAUGUUACCAACUCUAUCCCAGAUGUGUAUUUGAUGCUUUUGUGGAGUAUCAAUUACCCGAAAUUUUGAGGACGCCUUUGCAGUCUCUUUGUCUCCAAAUAAAAAGUUUAAAUCUUGGAAGCAUUUCUGAGUUCUUAUCUAGGGCUUUGCAAUCACCAGAGUUAUUAGCAGUGCACAAUGCUAUUGAAUAUUUGAAAGUUAUUGGAGCCUUGGAUGAGAAAGAAAAUUUGACUGUUUUAGGACGGUAUCUAACAAUGCUUCCUGUGGAGCCAAAACUUGGAAAGAUGCUCUUAUUGGGUGCCAUAUUAAAUUGCCUGGACCCAAUAUUGACUGUUGUUUCUGGGCUCAGUGUCAGAGAUCCUUUCUUAACACCAUUUGACAAGAAGGAUCUUGCAGAGGCUGCAAAAUCUCAGUUCUCAAGAGAUUACAGUGAUCACCUUGCUCUUAUCAGGGCAUACGAGGGAUGGAAAAAUGCUGAAAGAGAAUAUGCUGGUUAUGAUUACUGCUGGAAAAAUUUUCUCUCAUUACAAUCUAUGAAAGCAAUCGAUUCUCUUAGGAAGGAGUUCUUUUCUCUGCUGAGGGAUACUGGUUUGGUCGACUCUAAUAGCACUGGCUACAGUGCAUGGAGCUAUGAUGAACAUCUCAUACGAGCUAUCAUAUGCUAUGGUCUAUAUCCAGGAGUUUGCUCUGUAGUGCAUAAUGAGAAGUCGUUCUCUCUAAAAACCAUGGAGGAUGGCCAGGUGCUUUUAUAUUCGAACUCGGUCAAUUCUCGAGAAGCUAAAAUUCCUUAUCCAUGGCUUGUUUUCAAUGAAAAGAUAAAAGUGAACUCUGUUUUCCUCCGGGAUUCAACAGCUGUGAAUGAUUCAGUGCUUCUCCUAUUUGGUGGUAGCAUAUCUGCCGGGGAUAUUGAUGGACACUUGAAAAUGUUGGGAGGAUACCUAGAAUUCUUCAUGAAACCUGCUGUGGCAGAGAUGUAUCAAUGCAUAAGGAGAGAGCUUGAUGAUCUAAUCCAAAACAAACUAUUGAACCCAGGAUUGGCCAUAAGCACCCAUCAUGAGCUCCUAUCAGCUGUACGCUUGCUAAUUUCUGAGGAUAACUGCGAAGGUAUAUUUGUAUUUGGCCGCCAGGUCCUCAAAUCUACUAAGUCAUCCGUUACCACCAGUACACAGCCAGUUGUACCUUCAAGAACUGAAAGUGGACCUGGGGGUGAUAACUCUAAAAGUCAGCUCCAAACGUUACUCACCCGAGCAGGAUACAAUGCACCCACAUACAAAACUAAGCAACUAAAUAAUUGUCAGUUCCUAGCAACUGUAGAGUUCAAUGGAAUGCAGAUAAUGGGGCAGCCAUGUAGCAACAAAAAGAGUGCCGAAAAAGACGCAGCAGCUGAGGCUCUUCAGUGGCUGAUGGGUGAAACCCGAAAGGGCAACGAGUAUAUCAAUCACAUGUCAAUGAUGCUGAAGAAAAGCAAAAAGGAUCAUUACUAGCUUGAUACAGCAGUCUUUCGCAGAAGGGUUUUGAUACGAAAAGCAAGCGCACAGGUUGGUGCUGAGAAUGCGUUUUGACAUAAUGAGCUUUUAAUACCAGCUAUUUCGAUAAAAUCCUGAAUGGGUUGUUCCAACAUGGUCGCUUGGAAACAUAAAAUCCAACCAAUUUGUUUUAUUUUCUUCCAGACCUGUACGGAAAAUUUGUUGGAGGGACAAGUCUUGGUCAAUGUUGAGCUGUUCAGGGGUGGUACUAUGGACGACCAAACUUUGGAAAGGAGACUAGUUGUGAAUGGCACAUGUCCAUUGAUUGUUUUGCUGUUUAGAGCACAGCAACACACGGAUGGACCAACCAGGAGACAAGACAUAAUACCAUAAACAUUUACACUACAGGGACCAGAUUUUGGCUGUUAGUAGUGUUUAAAAGUCUAGGAAAAUGUACACACAUUUAAGAAACUGUACAUGGUGUCUCGUUAACCUAUCCUGAGCUCAUCGAAUAUCACUCUAAUUGUUUUCACCAUUGUGAAACUAGCAUGUUGGUCUGUAAAAUUGUGAGCAGCAGUGAUCAGUUUUCUCACUCGGCUUAGCCUUCUCAGCUUGUAAAUAUCGAACUGGUUAAGACAGCUUUGAGCAGUGUUUUGGGCCACUUCUUUUGAGUCCCUGGUCGUUACAAUUGGAAGGAACAGCAAAACCCUCUUGAUAUGGUGUUAUUGCCUGCAUUUUUUUCUGUCUUAUUAACUAGGGUAUACCUAUCGAUAAGGUACAGAUCCUGAUCUCGAUCUUUGAUCUUCGAUCUCGAUCUUCGAUCUUCGAUCUCGAUCUUCGAUCUUCGAUCUCGAUCUUCGAUCGCGAUGAAUGGUCAGAAUUUGUAUCCUAUUGAUCAGAAUACAUGUCUAUAUUUUGGAAAUAAUCCUCUAAAAGGAACAUGAAAGUUUUUUCCUUUA